AUGGCAGAUGCUAAGACUGGAGAGGAGAAGCGUGAAUCUGUGCAGGAUAUCAAUGCAGAGAAAAGAGUAAGGAAGAAAUUCAGUAUUGAAGAGGGAUCAAGACCUGCCAAACUGAUUUCCACAGCUGCUGCAUUGUUUGCAUCCCCACCAGCAGUAGAUGAGGGCUGUAGUUUCUUCACAUCCUCACCAGUACUUUUUAUGAUCCAUCUUUUUAUUACAGCCAUUGUAGCAGAUGUGAAGUGGUCUUUGUCUUUCGUUUCUCUGAUUCUUAAGCCACUUCUGCAGGAUGUUUUCACUCCAGAAUGCAAAUUUAAGGAAUCUGUAUUUGAAAACUACUAUGUGAUUUAUUCUUCUACACUGUAUCGUCAGCAGGAAUCAGGCCGAGCAUGGUUUCUAGGACUCAAUAAAGAAGGUCAAAUUAUGAAGGGAAACAGAGUGAAGAAAACCAAGCCUUCAUCACAUUUUGUACCAAAACCUAUUGAAGUGUGUAUGUACAGAGAGCCAUCGCUACAUGAAAUUGGAGAAAAACAAGGGCGUUCGAGGAAAAGUUCUGGAACACCAACCAUGAAUGGAGGCAAAGUCGUGAAUCAAGAUUCAACAUAGCUGAGAACUCUUCCCUUUGUCCCUCUCUCAUCCCUUCCCUUUAUCCCCUCCCCUUUACCCAUUUCCUUCCAAUAAAUCCACCCAAGGAGAGGAAAAUAAAAUGGCAACCCAGGACCUAGUGACUAAGAUUCUGCACUCAAAAUCUUCCUUUGUGUAGGACAAAGAAAUUGAACCAAAGCUUGCCUGUUGCAGUUUGGUAGAAAAUGCACAUGCACAAAAUAUUAGCACACAUAAAAUCAAGGGAAAAAAUAAAUCAAGAUGCCACAACAUUGUGUUGUUAUUAAUAAAAGGCCAAUUAUAAUGAAGACAUAGCUAUAAUAAAUGUGAAAUAAAGUUAUUAUCUUAAAGACAAGGGUUUUGGAGAAUUUAACUUAGAAAUCAAUGUAAUACCCUAAAUAACUUAAACUUUGGAUAAUGCUGUGAUGUGUGCUGUGUUUUGAAUUUGAAUUUUCUUUGGGCAUCUGGAAUUGACACAUAAUUACAUACUGUUUCCAGGAUUUUUUUUUUAUCAUGAUAUUGAACAUGUACAAAUUAUAGAUUCUUCUAACACCUGUAUGGUAUAAGCCAGGAAUCAUUUAAAAGUUUAAAAUUUUAUUCUUGAAGUUGUUACUUAAGAUUGUUUCAUGCAAAGGAUAGACUUCUGUUGAACUUAAUGGUAUUAGCUGAUAUCAUUCCUUCAUAAAAAAGAAUUUCAGAUUCACCUAGGAGAUUAUCAUAUUUUUAUCAAAGGGAUUAGUCUAGGAUCUCAUUUUUUUUUUUUUUAGUCAUUUAGAAAAAUAAAAUGUGUUCUAAGGCUGAAAUAACUUUUGGGAAUUCUGUGUCAUUGCCAUGUCUGGGCAGUGAUGAAUAAGUUAUAUGCUCUUAUCAUUUGGUCUGAUUGUUUACAUUGUACACACAUUUGAGAGUAGAGGUGCAUGUCUAGCUGUAUUAGAGAGUUUUGUACCAUCUCUUGCAGCAGGAAAGAAAGAAAAGGAGUUUUGCAUGAGGAAAUAAGUUUUAGGAAAUUGGUCAAAGCAAAUUGUAGUUGCCUUUGAAACUUACUAGAGUUUUACGUAUGUAAUAUUUUCCAAACUUCACCAAGAAAUUGGGAGGCAUGGCUGUGAAAUUCCUAACCUAAUAUCUUAUGAAGCCAGUGGUUUGCUUGUUGCUGUAUAUCCUUGUUAAUAAGUCUAGUUGACAAUAAAUCUGUCUCCUAGAACACAGAAAGGAACUUGAUACACUGAGUUUUCAAGGGGCAUAGAGAAACAAUAUGGAAUUAACAGUUAUGGUUCCAAAAGCAUCAAAAAGAAAAAAAAAAAGAACUCAGUGUAAGGACUAGGCAAUACUAAAGUAUUAGAAAAAUAUUAGGGAAGAAAUGAACAUUAUAUGAUCGCCUUGGAAAAAAAAUAGAUCUACAUAGUCCUACAAAUCAGGAUGGUGUAGAGACAUCCAAAUUCAAACAAAACAGAAUGUUAAAAAUGUAUGCAGAAUUAUGGAUAUUAUCAAUGAGAAGACGUAGCAUGUUACUUCUCCUAUAGCUCUACUGUCCAGCAUGUAUUAUUCCAAAUAUGAUUCCCUAAAAUAUAUACACUUUGCAGAAGCUCUAGGCCUUCACUUAAAUGACCUUGCCAUUGGUUGCUGUAUUCUUUCAAAGUCAAUGUAGUUCCCCUCACUCUACACAAUCAUUAUUCUUUAAUAGUGGUUUGUGUCCUUCACCAAGUACUUAAUUUAUGUUAUCAGGAGGUUAGCAGCAAAUGAAAUGGAGGAAUUUGCCUUAUCGGUUGUAAAGAAUAAAAGUUAUGCAUCUAGGCACCUCGGCAAGGAUUUUGAACACACCUUUGCAAAAGAUAUUUGUUUAACAAAAUAUUUUGAAAGUAACAAAUAAAGACAUUUAAAUUAAAAAAAAAAGAAUGUUGCUCUUCUAGGAAAAGAACACACUUGUAAAAAACUUACAAAUCUGGUUGUAUUUCUCCUUGUCACUCUUGAUUCAACUUGCUUUUAAACACACCUGUCACUUCUAGGACCAAACAAACCCCAAGCACAAAGCCUUGUUUUCUUUGAAAAAAUUCAAAAAGAGUCUUCUACAAAAUGGGUCACAGGCUCAUUUAGCAUGAAAUUACUUGAGCUUUUAUGGUGAUACACACACACACACACACACCCCACAAACUCAUCAGUAACACAAUUGACAGUUUCACAAAGUGUUAUAAAUUACACUGAUGAUUUCAUUACAAUAUAUUUAGUCUGGUUAAAUAUUAAGAAAAAUAUGAUGGCGAUAUGAACUGCAACACAAAUCCUCCCUCUAUUUUCAAUGGCUGCCCAUCAUUUAUCAUCUAGAUUCGUAUUUGUCUUCUUCCUCGUAGCAGUUAAGAAGCAGGAGUCCAACCACCUGGUUUCUAUAUUGUUUUUUUUUUUUUUUCAUAUCAUUUAAGCAAAUGUUGACCACAGUAACUGUUCAGAAAUUAGCUUUGCCUUAUUUACAAUUAAUUUUGAAGAAUUAACUGGAAAGCUCACCUUUCUUUUACAUAUUAACUUGACAAAACCUGUAGUUGAGAGCAUAGGGUGAACGUUUGCUUAACUGCUGCUUACGUUUUAGGUACAUAAAACCUUUAAUAGAAAAAAUCAGUAUUCACGGUCUUAGUUUUUUUUUUUUAAUUACCAAAUACAAACAUAUAAUUAUCCUAUUUCUUCCAAAAAUAUGAGCCAGUUUAAAUAGUUUGUUUUCCAGGCUUCUUCCAAGUAAAAUAAUUCUUUGAUUUUUAUCGUUCCAAUUUCUGGGUCUCAAUUCAUUCAUCUCUUAAGUUUCUAUAAGUCAAAUAACUCUUUUUUUUCAUCCAUUGGGAUAUUCUCAGGAAAAAUAUAACUUUCAGUAAAGCUUUGUAAUUGACUAUGUACAUAUAAGUUAAGAUGUGUUUAUUCCAAGAGUCCUCAUUGUAACAUGCUUCAAAAUCAGUGGGCUUAAGAAUGAAACCAAUACUUUUGAGAAUCUCAAAACAGUUCUUUGGUCAAUAUACUUUAUUUGAUUUUUAAGCUAGAAGUUUGAGGUAUGGAAACAAAAUGGUGCUGAUGUUCCAUUUGCUAAUUCAGAGACUUGUGCUUCAGGAAACUGGAGGACAGCAAGCCAUCCUGUACUUGAUCACAGUAAUAGUUUGGGUUUUGAAUUUUACAUAUGAAUUUCAUAGCACAUUUUUAGCCACUAUGGAUUGGCACAAUAAAGAGACAUCAAUUUGAUGUAAAUUGUGAUGCUUUAUGGGCCUCAUUUUAAUCCAGGUAGCUUUUUAGAAGGAUUCUCCAAUUUAAGAAAUGACACUGCUGUAGAUAGGUAUUAUAUGUAUGGAUGAUUGUCCUGUGGUGCCACUAGCAAGAGAUGAGAAUAUUAAGACAGAAGUAAAGAAUGAAGAAUGACUUAUUAUGUAUUGGAAAUUUGAAGGUCCUAAUUUGGGACCAGUGAUUUCUUGACAAAGAAACAUAGCUACAUCAACAGUAAUUUUUUUAAACAUGGACCCAGAAAUAGCAAAUCUACUAUUCUACCUUCAUGGCUUAGUCUACAAGGCCUUGCUCUGAGAAGGUUUCCCAUGAUGUUACUUAAUUUCGUCUGCACAAGGUGAAACACACUCAAACAUAAAAAUCCCCUGCUCAUUUUAAUAUCAUAAAAGGCUGAGAUUAUUUCUCUGUCAUAAAAUUGUAAAUAGCAUUUUUUAACUCAGAGUCACAUUUAAAACAGUGGAUUGUUCUACAAAUAUAUAUGUGUAUAUAUACAUAUGCUUCUGAAAUAAGGAUAUAUAGAGUUUUUAUUUGACUUGUGUUCUUUAGUCAUAGCUAAUCAAAAAAUAAAGAGGUUUGAAUGCAAAACUUUAUAUACAAAUGUAUAUUUCUAAUGGUAAUAUAAAUUGCCACUUUAUAAUAAAAAAAGGAACAGAUGGAAAUAAUUAUCAAAGCACAUGCUCCUUCAGACUUAAGUGAUUCUGAAUUCUUCUUUGAUGUAGAAGUAUUUUUUUUAUUUUUGAAAAGUUAUCUUAAAAAGCUAUACUUCCUGAUCCAGAUUCCAUGAUAAGUCAUAUCAGAUUGAAAAGUUAUGUUUGAGGGCAGGGAAAAGAUGCUAAAUGCAAAUCUUUAUUUUUCAGUAUUUUUCCUUGCAGCCCAAGUUAAAAAUUCAAUAUUUAAAAUCUAAAUUAAGUGAAAAUUAUUAAUAUUCAGAGAUGAUAUAUUAAGCUUCAGUAACAGAAGCAAAAUGUAUUAAACAUACAAUAGCUUUAAAAUAAUUUCAUAAUAAAAAUUACAUCACUAGAUGUUUUAUUAGUUGGAAAGAAUUAAUGUUUCUUUGUCUUUGCU